ACGCUGUCUUUAAACGGUAGAACACGCCCUAAACCCGAUGAGGCAGUCGUUUCAUGAGCACUGUGCUGCAGGAAUGGUGUAUGUCGUAGGCAGAGCAGUGACAAGGUUGUGCGUCCCGUGUACAGUGCGUAUUUUCACAGUCGCAAUGGCAGACGCUUUGGGUAAAGUCCCCGACGCUGAAGUCGAUCCAGAGGGAACAUUUAAGUAUAUUUUAGUGAGGAUAAAAGUAAAAGAUGGAACUGAAUACAAAGAUAUAGUGAGAGGCACAAAAAGUGCUGGGCAGUAUCACAAUCAUAUAUUUGAGAAGGUCACCCCACCAAUAAUGGCUUUGGGACUGGAGUGCAACUGUCUUGGAGGAGGGAAGAUUGAGCACAACAGCAAAGACAAAAAACUGCGUGUUUUUGGGGAAUCAACUGGCUAUGGCAAAGCAGAUCAUUCAGUGUCUGUUGAGAAGCUGAAGAGUGUCUUCAAAGACUACGAGAUCACAUGGUCUGAUGAUAAAGAAUAGAUCACAUGGUCUGAUGAUAAAGAAUAGAUCACAUGGUCUGAUGAUAAAGAAUAGAUCACAUGGUCUGAUGAUAAAGAAUAGAUCACAUGGUCUGAUGAUAAAGAAUAGAUCACCUGGUCUGAUGAUAAAGAAUAGAUCACCUGGUCUGAUGAUAAAGAAUAGAUCACCUGGUCUGAUGAUAAAGAAUAGAUCAAUCACAUGGUCCUGGUAAACAAUAGAUCACCUGGUCCUGGUAAACAAUAGAUCACCUGGUCCUGGUAAACAAUAGAUCACCUGGUCCUGGUAAACAAUAGAGGGAAACUCCCCCUUUGUAUAUGUCUGCUAAUAUCUGCCUUAUGGCUCAACACUCCUGUUAACAAAACAACACACAUGUCACUGCAAUGAUUUCAAAUCAUUAAAAUAAAAAAAAAGUUUUUUUUUCA